AUGUUCUUUCCUUCAUUGAUCCUGGCUGCUGGCAGUCUGUCUACUCUCAUUCAAGCCAUUCCUCAUGGCGCGAACUCCCAUCACUCAUUGCACCGUCGCGCUGCUGCCACCUAUGCUGUCAUGGGUGGUAACGGUGAUCCCUCCGACGGAUGGCCUUCCCUGGGCCAAUGGUCGGAGUACGAGACUCUCGACAUUAACACUAGCAUUAAGUCGGUCGCCAGCGAAACUGGUGUCGACCCUCGAUUCAUCCUUGCAAUUAUUAUGCAAGAAAGCAAGGGCUGCGUUCGCGUCCAGUCCACCAACAACGGUGUCGUGAAUACUGGUCUCAUGCAGAGCCACGCUGGCGAGGGCUCCUGCAAUAAGGACGGCAGCAAGACAACUCCCUGCCCCUCCUCCAUGAUCAAGCAGAUGAUCAAGGACGGCACAGCUGGAACCACCCAGGGCGACGGUCUCAAGCAGUGCUUUGAGUCCCAGAGCGGCGGCACUUCCACCAAGUACUUCAAGGCCGCCCGCACCUACAACUCUGGCUCCAUCGACUCAUCUGGAAACCUCGGCCAGGGCGGCGCAACCCACUGCUACGCCUCUGACAUCGCCAACCGUGUCCGUGGCUGGGCCGGCGACGUGACCGAGUGUAUCGAAUCUACAAUUGGAACUCUUACUAGCGGCGUGGAGUCGGUCCUCGGUGGUGACGAUGACUCAAGCAGCUCCUCUUCCUCAAGUGCUGCUGAGCAACCCACCGAGCCUGCCGAGCCUGCCGAGUCUAUCCAGACCUCAUCCUCGACCGCUGUUGAGCAGCCCGCUGAGACUGCGCCCUCCGCCCCCGUCUCGGCCGCCCAACCGGCCGAGACCACUUCCGUGGCACCUGUCCCCAUCUGGACCCCCAGUGUGAACGUGCACUUGGCCACGCAGACCGCCGCCACCCCAUCCUGGACCACUAGAUCCACACCAGCCGCGACAACUGCACCAACAGUCCCCAGCUCAUCAUCCGGAACAGCCCCUCUUUACCCCCACGCCAGCUCAUCAUGCCAGAAAUACUACACCGUCACAAACGGUGAUUUCUGCUCCAAGUUGACCGAAACUGUCGGAAUCUCUUUCUCCAAUCUCCGCAGCUUGAACCCUGGCCUCAACGAGAAGUGCUCGGAUUUGUGGCUCGGAUAUCAGUACUGUAUUCAGGCUUAA